AUUAAAUAAUUUGUUUAAACGCAAAUGAAAACGCGAGAUUUUUUCACUAGAACGGCGGAGCUGAGAGAGAAGCCAAAGAUUUUGUGUUCAUAUUCUAUCGCCGGCCGGAACGUCAUCGGACUUUUCAGGACAGGGAUAUGCCGUAUCUAGUGCGCGAGAAUCUGUUUAUCGGCGACAUAGCUAGCGCAGCUGAUGUUCUUCAGAACGCUAGUAGUGAAAUCACUCACAUACUUUCAGUUGUUAGUUCAGCAUCGAUAUCGUUUUUCUCUGAGUGGCGUAGCGAAAUCUCAAUCACUGUGAAGGAGAUAUGUAAGGUUUCUGUCAGGGAUUUCGAAUCAGAAGAUAGUUCUGGUGAUGGUGGUGGUGAUAAAAGGACGUCUUUAUCACCAGACAAACUCCUUUAUGCGAUGGAGUACGCUGGAAAGGAUUUAAAGAUAGUUAGAAUGGCAGUCCCAUUGAGAGAUACAGAGAAUGAAAACUUGUUGGAUUAUUUGAAUGUAUGCUUGGAUUUCAUUGAUAAGAGUAGAAAGGAGGGUUCUGUUCUUGUUCAUUGCUUUGCAGGUGUAUCAAGAAGCGCAGCGAUCAUGACCGCAUAUCUUAUGAGGACUGAACAAUUAUCUCAAGAAGAUGCAUUGGAAUCCUUAAGGCAAAGCUGUGAAUUUGUGUGCCCUAAUGAUGGAUUUUUGGAUCAGCUGAAAAUGUUUGAAGAAAUGAAUUUUAAGGUCGAUCAUUCUAGUCUUAUAUACAAGCGCUUCCGGUUGAAAGUACUAGGCGAUUCCUACAAUCGAGGAGAAAUAAUAGACAGUUCGAAAUUUGGGGCAGAUCCUGGGAUUUCAUUGGCUAAGACGAAUGUGUCUGCUUCUUCUGAGAUAGAAUCAUCAUCAACAUCUGUAGUAGACAAGAAUUUGUAUCGAUGCAAAAAGUGUCGUAGACUGGUUGCUUUGCAAGAGAAUGUUGUGGGUCACGUCCCUGGAGAGGGUCAGAACUCGUUUGGAUGGCGUAAGAAAAGACAUGCCAAUCCUUUGAGCAAGCCGGAGGAGUUUGAGUGUUCCUCUGUCUUUGUGGAGCCUCUACGAUGGAUGAAAUUAGUUGAAGAAGGUGCCUUGGAAGGGAAGCUGUUCUGCAAUCACUGUGAGGCUCGUUUGGGUUGCUUCAAUUGGUCGGGAAUCCAGUGCAGUUGUGGUAGCUGGAUAACACCCGCCUUCCAACUCCACAAGAGCAAAGUCGACAUUAGUAGGGUCUGAAAUUGAACUAGUGAAGUGUUGAACUAUAAAUAUUUUCAGAAGGUUUAAGUUUUUUCUGGAGAAUUUUACUUGAGAAAAUGCAUAUCCAUAUAUAUGUAUUAUAUAACCUGGUGGGUUGGUUAAGUAUUAUGAGAAUUAUUUCAUUUGUAUGGA